GAAGGUGGCACACUUGUGUCGUUGCCUCGGAAAAGUUGUCAGUCUCUCUCUCUCUCACUCGCGAUGCGGUUCCUCUUUGCCGUUCUUGGCGCUUUCCAAUGUAUCCUCGCUGCUUCUUCUCCCUCCUCACCCCAGUUCCACCUCAGCCUUGUGGGCGACGGCAGUGGGGACUACAUGCUAGACUGGGUCACCAGUGUCGACGAGAAGUCCUCGACCGUGUUUUUCGGUGCUUCCAACGAUAGCUUGGCAAACAAAGCCGAUGGAACGUCCUCGGGCAACGUCGUGGUGACGCCAUCGCUGUCGGUGCAGUGCUGGCAUGCUCGGCUGUCAGGGCUAGGCGCGGCAGGCUCCACCGUCCACUACGACCUCUCGUCAACUGGCACGACCUCCAAGUCGUUUGUCGUGUCUGGGCCAUCUAUGACGUGGGCCAUCUUUGGCGACAUGGGGUCGAUUGCAAUGAAGAAAGCGUCGGGGAUCACCUUGCCUGCGUUGACAUCGGAUCUCGCGGCAAAGUCAUAUCAGGGCAUCCUGAAUCUCGGCGAUUUGGCGUACGAGUUGGUCGAAACCAACGGAGAUGUGUACAUGCAGCAGCUGGAGCCGCUGACGUCUGUCGUGCCCAUGCACACCACCAUCGGCAACCAUGAAAUGCAAUACGCCAUGUUUGGAGCGCUCCCCAACUACAUUCGUCGGUUCGCGGGGCUAGCCGCGGGCGCCGGGCGGGCGAGCGGCUCGUCGUCGAACCGUUUCUACAGCUUCAACGCGGGCUAUGUGCACUUUGUUGUGAUUGACACGGAAGUGUAUGGGGACCAGUCGUUCAUGACGCCUGGCACGGACGGCUUCUGGUCAUCAUCCGAGACGGCGCGGGGUCAGAUGCAGGAAACCCAGCGGAGUUGGCUCGAGUACGACCUGAGCCGAGUGAAGCGAAAGGUCACGCCGUUCGUCGUAGUGUGCGGUCAUCGUCCACCGAGUAAAAUUCCCAACGCAAUCACCAAGCCAGGCAACCAGUUUGCCGCCCAACUGCUGCCGCUCCUGGAUAUGUACAGCGUCGACUUGAUGUUCUUUGGCCACGAACAUGCGUACUACAGCAUCGAACCGACCGUGGUCGGCAAGUACAACGUGCCGCCGUGGAUCAUCUCGGGCGCGGCAGGCAACAACGAAUUAAUUCGACCCGUGUCGAAGGUAUCGAUGGAUCCCGUGUUUAAAGUGAGGAAAAACAUCAACGAAUAUGGCUACGGGUACCUCAAAGCGACGGCGGACAAGCUCGUGUGGACAUGGGGGCAGGCGGCAACUAGCUCCCCGAAUGGCGAGUCCCCCACCAGCACCAGUUGGACCGCAGCCGAUUCGGUGGAGUUCUUGAAAAAGGACAUUGCCGACCCCACACCGACGGGAAAGCCAGUCAUGGUGCCCGAGACUGCUCCGACCAACAAUGUCACCAUCGCCGCCGCUGGUAUGGGAGAGUUUGCUACAGGGACUAGGGUUUUUUAUUAUUGUAGUAGCGCUCAUCAAUGUGGUUUUGAGCGUAGGAAGUGCCGCCCCGGCUGCUUCGCCUGAAAGUUCCAAGAAUACACAGGCAGGCCCUUCCGGUCAGUCUGGCUCCACGUCAGUCUCGCCAACCCAGAGUAAUUCUGGCGGGACGAGCCUGGUAUCGAACGCGAUAGCUAUGGUGAUGGUGGUCGUGGCAAUUGCCUUGGGAAGCGCUUAACCAGGGCUGGCUUAUUUUGUCACAAAUAUGUAGAAUCUUCGUAUAUAAUAUACCCAAAGAUGGACCCGUG